CGUUCAACUCAGUCCCAUGAUCCCUUGCGGUGCCAUCGAUAACAACAGCUUCGAUUUGCUAACAACAUCGCGCAGCGUAUCUUAUAUCCAUUAUCAAAUAUAUUCGCAUUUUUUUCAAGGUUGACACUCAGUGCGUUUGGUUUGGAUAAGGUUCUGCUGAUCAGAUUAUAAAUUCACCGAAUAUCGUAGUCAAGACGUUGAUAGUUAGCCGUGUUGACAAAUGAAUCUAGUAUCUCUUCAUUCAGGACUGAGAGCAGCUGUGGGGCACCGUGCCCCUGGAUCUCCACAUUCCCAGAUUUCUGAAUGACAUCCAUGGAUCAGGACUAUGAGCGCAGGUUACUGCGUCAGAUCAACAUCCAGAAUGACAACACCAGUCCCAUGAAAGUAAGAGAUGUGAUCUGUCAUCUGACUCCCACCCCUGAGUCACCGCUGUCAUCACCAAGCAAGCAUGGAGACAGAUUCAUACCGUCUCGAGCUGGAGCUAACUGGAGCAUCAACUUCCACAGAAUAAAUGAAAAUGAAAAGUCACCAAGCCAGAAUAAAAAAACCAAAGACGCGACAUCAGAUACUGGCAAAGCGGACGGCUUGGCGUAUUCUGCCCUUCUGAAGAAUGAGUUGCUUGGUGCCGGGAUUGAGAAGGUCCUGGAUCCUCAAACAGAAGAUAGAAGACUACAGCCCUCCACACCCGAGAGGAGGAGCCUCUUUAGUUAUUCACUCAGUGCCAAAAGAUCCACACCCGACGAUAACAGUGUUUCCCCGUACUCCCUCUCCCCUGUUAGCAGCAAAAGUCAGAAGCUUCUGCGGUCACCAAGAAAACCCACACGCAAAAUUUCCAAGAUUCCUUUUAAGGUGCUAGAUGCACCGGAGCUACAAGAUGAUUUCUACCUCAACUUAGUGGACUGGUCCUCUUUAAAUGUUCUCAGUGUUGGACUGGGGACUUGUGUUUAUCUUUGGAGUGCCUGCACCAGUCAGGUGACGCGACUAUGUGACCUAUCAGUGGAGGGUGAUUCAGUUACGUCUGUGGGCUGGUCGGAGAGGGGCAAUCUUGUCGCUGUGGGUACACACAAAGGCUUUGUACAAAUUUGGGAUGCUACUGCCGGCAAAAAGCUGUUUGCCUUGGAGGGACACACAGCAAGAGUUGGUGCACUGGCCUGGAAUGCAGAUCAGCUGUCAUCAGGCAGCCGGGACCGGAUGAUACUUCAGAGAGAUAUCAGGACGCCCCCUCUGCAGUCAGAGCGCAGGCUGCAGGGCCAUAGACAAGAGGUCUGCGGACUCAAGUGGAGCACUGACCAUCAGCUGCUGGCCUCCGGAGGAAAUGACAACAAGCUGUUGGUGUGGAAUCACUCUAGUGUGUUACCGAUGCAGCAGUACACAGAACACCUGGCCGCAGUGAAGGCAAUCGCCUGGUCUCCUCACCAGCAUGGACUGCUGGCCUCCGGAGGGGGGACGGCAGACCGCUGCAUCCGCUUCUGGAACACUCUGACAGCGCAGCCACUGCAGUGUAUCGACACAGGCUCACAAGUCUGCAACCUGGCCUGGUCCAAACACACCAAUGAACUGGUCAGCACACACGGUUACUCUCAGAAUCAGAUCCUCGUGUGGAAAUACCCCUCGCUCACUCAAGUUGCCAAAUUGACCGGCCACUCGUACAGGGUGCUCUAUCUGGCAAUGUCUCCAGAUGGAGAAGCAAUAGUGACUGGCGCAGGCGAUGAAACUCUGCGUUUUUGGAAUGUAUUUAGUAAAACACGAUCAACAAAGGAAUCUGUGUCAGUUUUAAACCUGUUCACCAGAAUACGAUAACUGGGCUUGUAAAGCAGAUCGAGUCUUUAUAGCAUAUCUAUGUCAUCAAUCACACGCAGUGGACUGAGAUCUACACUGAAAGAUCUACGGGUCUCACCCACAACACUUUUUUCCCCUUCCCCGACAUUUAAUUUUAAGUUAAAAUGUUAUGUUUACUUUUAUGUGUUCGGUUCAUGAUUUUAUGUGAUUGUUUUUGGUUACAGAGAAGUGUCUAUGAUGAAUGACAUGUUAUCCAAGCCUUAAGCCAGAAACAAUGCCAUUGAAUCAGGGUGUGAAGAAAUAUUUAGCCAUUGUGACACAGCUGCCUCUGGAAUCAUUUGUGAUCAUUCUGUUGAGUGAUCUUUUGAUUGUGAGAGUGAAAAAAAUGCAUAUGGAAGACAAUUCAGUUUUUAACUUAAGUUGCUUAAAAGUAAUACUGAGUAUUAUAAAACACCCUGAAAAAAAAACAUGCCUUUUUGUCAUUUGUUGUAUAAUUUGAGUAUAAUAAGCAUAUAUAAUAUAAUUAAUGUUAUUUUCAUGGUUUGAAUCCGUAAACAUGGAAAGUAUUUCUCAUACACUAGAAACGUUUCCUAAACUGGGCUAGUGGAGUUGAUGAAAAGCAAAUAAUGAAAUCAUGAAAACGUAAAAAACAAUAAUAAUAAAAAGUGAUUCGGCUGA